CACUGUGUAAAACCAUCGAACACUUCGUCGGCAUCGGUUGUGGCAUCGCUUUCCCUCGCUUUCCUUCGCUUUCCUCUUCAACACAGCCGUUCUCCUCCUCCUCCUCAUUUGAUUCUUCUCGCAUUCUCCUGUUUUUUUUUCUUCGCCGGCCUUCCUAUGGCGAGGAUGGAAUCGCUCCCCGCCUCCCCUUCGCAUUCUUCUGAUGAGGACGAGGAGGAACGACGGAACCUCGUCCCGCAGAACGAAGCGAAGCCCCUCCCUCUCCGCCGUUCGUCUCCUUCCUCCUCCGUCUUCGAGAUCGCCUCUGCAUUCCCUACCCGCGUCGGCCGCCGGUUGUGGUCCAGCAAGUCCUUGCUUCUAGCCUUCUCCCUCCCACUCAUCCUCGUUCUCCUCUUCUUCUCCCUCGACUUCGGUCGUCUCUUCCGCGGCGUCUCCUUCGUCCCGGUCGUCACCUCCUCCUCCUCCUCCUCAUCUGGCGGCGACCGCAUGCGGGAGGCCGAGCUCCGCGCUCUCUAUCUCCUCAAGAACCAGCAAAUUGAGCUCUUUAGGCUUUGGAAUUUCACUCUCUCUGCCGGCGCCGCUCCUUCUCCCCCUCCUUUCUUGUCUCCGAAUUCAACAUCGGCGCCCAAUUCCACGUCCGCCGUCAAGGUAGAUCAACCAAAGGCUCCGAUUUCCUCUCCCACCGUCGAAGAGAUCAGAUCUGCCCUCGUCCAUCAGAUCAAGCUGAACAAGGAGAUCCAGAGCGCUCUGCUUUCUUCUCACCGGUUCGGAAAUCUCUCCUCCGAGGCGUCGGAUGAGAAUGUGGGCUUCGACUUAGCUGGCCUUGGCGUCGGCGUGUGCAGGAAGGUGGACAAGCCUGCGGAAAGAAGAACAAUCGAAUGGAAUCCUAAGAAAAAUAGUUUUUUGUUUGCGAUCUGUUUGUCAGGCCAGAUGUCCAAUCAUUUGAUCUGCCUGGAGAAGCACAUGUUCUUUGCGGCGCUUCUCCACCGAGUGCUGGUGCUCCCGAGCGCGAAGGCUGAUUACCAGUAUGAUCGCGUCUUGGAUAUCAACCACAUUAAUGAGUGCUUUGGAAGGAAGGUGGUGAUCUCAUUCGACGAGUUUGCUGAGAUGAAAAAGAAUAAGAUGAAGAUCGAUAGGUUUAUAUGCUACAUUGCUUCGCCACCUUGCUUUCUGGAUGACGAGCACAUUAAAAGGUUGCGGAACCUGGGGCUUUCUCUUGCUAAAGUUGAGGCUGCUUGGCCCGAGGAUGCCAAGUUGAAGACACAAAAGAAGAGGGUCAUUGGCGACAUAAUGCCCAAAUUUUCAUCAAAUGAUGAGGUGAUUGCUAUCGGAGAUAUGUUCUAUGCUGAUGUGGAGGAAGAAUGGGUGAUGCAGCCAGGAGGACCACUUGCUCACAAAUGCAAGACAGUGAUCCAGCCAAGUCGGUACAUUUAUCUCACAGCACAACGGUUUGUGCAAACUUUCUUAGGAAACAAUUUCAUUGCCCUUCAUUUUCGUCGACAUGGGUUCUUGAAAUUUUGCAAUGCUAAGAAGGAAAGCUGCUUUUUCCCCAUUCCUCAAGCUGCAGAGUGCAUAUUGCGUGUUGCUGAGAAAGCCAAUGCUCCAGUUAUUUAUCUAUCUACAGAUGCAGCUGAAAGCGAAACAAAUCUUCUCCAGUCGUUGGUUGUAUUAGGCGACAAACAAAUUCCACUAGUCAAGAGGCCAAGUCAUAACAGUGCUGAAAAAUGGGAUGCUCUUUUAUACCGAAAUCGACUUGGGGGAGAUGGUCAGGUUGAGGCCAUGCUGGACAAGACAAUUUGUGCCAUGUCAUCAGUAUUCAUAGGUGCAUCAGGUUCGACAUUCACUGAAGAUAUAAUCAGACUUCGCAGGGGCUGGGAAUCGGCUUCCCAGUGCGACGAAUACCUCUGUCAGGGUGAGCUUCCAAACUACAUUGCUGAAAACGAGUGAAAGAAUGAAGACCAGCUGCAUGUUGAAGAAAGAACAAAAACCAUGGCCUGUAUUGCUGUGUUCAGUGGUUCUCUCUGUAAAUUUUGUGUAGAUUUACUUGUACAAGAGCGUUUGCUUACAGAUGAUCUCAAUUUGUUUAUUGGAAUUUGCUUGUAAGAUUAGAACCGAGAAAGAAAUCUUUCAUUUUUGUGAAGUUUGUAAAGAGGGUAAACAUCUCGAGGAAGACUUAUCGAUUAGUCCACAUGAGGAUCUGAUGCGGAAUGAAACAUCACCGGGAUGAGAAAUAUACUGGAUAUUAAAAUUUC